ACAAUAUUCCUUUCUCCACUGCUCCAUUUUAGGCACCUACUGCCCCUUUAAAUUCCUCGCACUACCAAAAAAGUAGUGUCUUCUUAAUAGCUACCAUUUCAGUCUGGAAUAAUACCACUCACUCACUCAGAUCAUUUCAUUUCAUUUCUCUCCUACCAUCCAUCAUCUCUCAAAAGAGUGUGCUAAGCAACUUCAUCACUCACACUUGAGAGAGAGAAAAGAGAAAGAUCUCCUGAGCAGCUAGCUAGAGAGAGAAAUGGGAAGGGGAAAAGUUGAGCUAAAGAGAAUAGAGAACAAGAUAAACAGGCAGGUCACUUUUGCUAAGAGGAGAAAUGGGCUUCUCAAGAAAGCAUAUGAACUCUCUAUUCUCUGCGAUGCUGAGGUGGCUCUCAUCAUCUUCUCCAACCGUGGUAAACUCUUCGAGUUUUGUAGCAGCUCUAGCAUGAUGAAGACCCUGGAAAAGUACCAUCGCUGCAAUUAUGCUUCAUUGGAGGCCAACCAAUCUAACACUCAGGACAACUACCAUGAAUAUCUGAAGUUAAAGGCUAAGGUUGAGCUCCUGCAACGAUCUCAAAGAAACCUUCUUGGGGAAGAUCUUGGUCCCUUGAGCAUAAAGGAACUAGGGCAACUUGAGCACCAAGUAGAGUCUUCUUUGAGCCAAAUUCGAUCCACAAAGACCCAAUCUAUGAUGAAUCAGCUUGUAGAGCUCCAACAAAAGGAGCUGGCAUUGGUAGAUGCAAAUAAUCUCCUAAAAAUGAAGUUGGAGGAGAGGACAGCUGCCACCAUUCACCAGCAACCUGCGGUGGGGUUCUUUCAGCCUGUGGGAGUGAACUCAACAACAUCCCAGAUAGGGUUUCAUCAUGUUGGGUCUGAUGAGAUAAAUGCUGAAGUCUCAUCAGCACACAACAUUAAUGGAUUCAUUCCUGGGUGGAUGCUCUGAAGAACUAUAAAUAAUAGAUGUUUGAAUAAGACCAGCAGAUCAGAUAUAUAUUAACAUUGUGUAUUUGUGUAUGUUUUGUUGUCAUUUUUGGUUUUUACUUUUACUGCUGUAAUUAUUGCUGAGGCUAUCUAGUAAGUCUUCAUGAUAUAAUUAAGAUGUUACAUAUACAAGAAUAUGAUAUUUUAUGUAUGAUUAUGAAUAAAUAUUGGAACAUAAAUGUACCU